CCCACUUAUCAGUCUCUUCAGCCCCCUCACUUUAAUCAGCCUCCCUCUCGUCUUCUCCAACUGAAACCCUAGAUCUCGCAAGCUCAAGGUUUUUAGUUGCAGCAAUGGCGGACACUGAGACGUUUGCUUUCCAAGCCGAGAUUAACCAGCUCCUGAGUUUGAUUAUCAACACUUUUUACAGUAACAAAGAGAUCUUUCUCAGGGAACUCAUCAGCAACUCUUCCGAUGCUCUUGAUAAAAUCCGAUUUGAAAGCUUGACUGAUAAGACCAAGCUAGAUGCCCAGCCAGAGUUCUUUAUCCACAUUAUUCCGGAUAAGGCCAAUAAUACCUUGACAAUCAUUGAUAGUGGAAUUGGAAUGACCAAGGCUGAUUUGGUGAACAACUUGGGUACCAUUGCAAGGUCUGGCACCAAAGAGUUCAUGGAAGCUCUUGCUGCUGGUGCUGAUGUCAGUAUGAUUGGUCAGUUUGGUGUUGGUUUCUAUUCUGCCUACUUAGUUGCUGAGAAGGUCAUUGUCACCACAAAGCACAAUGACGAUGAGCAGUAUGUUUGGGAAUCCCAAGCUGGUGGGUCUUUCACUGUCACAAGGGAUACUUCUGGAGAGGUACUUGGAAGGGGUACCAAGAUGGUCCUCCAUCUUAAGGAGGAUCAGCUAGAGUACCUUGAGGAGCGCAGGCUCAAGGAUCUUGUCAAGAAGCAUUCUGAAUUUAUCAGCUACCCUAUCUCUCUGUGGAUUGAAAAGACCACAGAAAAAGAAAUCUCAGAUGACGAGGAUGAAGAAGAGAAGAAGGACGAGGAAGGAAAGGUAGAGGAGAUUGAUGAAGAGAAGGAGAAGGAGGAAAAGAAAAAGAAGAAGAUUAAGGAGGUCUCUCAUGAGUGGUCGUUGGUUAACAAGCAGAAGCCUAUCUGGAUGAGGAAGCCUGAGGAAAUCACCAAGGAGGAGUAUGCUGCUUUCUACAAGAGUCUUACAAAUGACUGGGAGGAGCAUUUGAACGUGAAGCAUUUCUCAGUUGAAGGACAGCUGGAAUUCAAGGCUGUUCUGUUUGUUCCCAAGAGGGCACCCUUCGAUCUCUUUGACACCAAGAAGAAGCCCAACAACAUCAAGCUAUAUGUCCGCCGUGUCUUCAUCAUGGACAACUGCGAGGACCUGAUCCCUGAGUACUUGGGCUUUGUCAAGGGUAUUGUUGACUCCGAGGAUCUUCCACUUAACAUCUCUAGGGAAAUGUUGCAGCAAAACAAAAUCCUCAAGGUCAUCCGCAAGAACUUGGUGAAAAAAUGCCUUGAGCUCUUCUUUGAGAUUGCUGAGAACAAGGAAGACUACAACAAAUUUUAUGAAGCUUUCUCAAAGAAUCUGAAGCUCGGUAUCCAUGAAGAUUCACAGAACAAGACCAAAAUUGCAGAAUUGCUCAGGUACCAUUCCACAAAGAGUGGCGAGGAGAUGACCAGCUUGAAGGACUAUGUAACAAGAAUGAAGGAGAGCCAGAGUGAUAUUUACUAUAUCACUGGAGAGAGCAAAAAGGCUGUUGAGAAUUCCCCCUUCCUUGAGAGGCUCAAGAAGAAAGGCUAUGAAGUUCUGUACAUGGUUGAUGCCAUCGAUGAGUAUGCUGUUGGUCAGUUGAAGGAAUUUGAGGGCAAGAAGCUAGUUUCAGCUACAAAGGAAGGGCUCAAGCUUGAGGAGAGCGAAGACGAGAAGAAGAAGAAAGAGGAACAGAAGGAGAAGUUUGAGGGACUUUGCAAGGUAGUGAAGGAUGUUUUGGGAGACAGAGUAGAGAAGGUUAUUGUGUCUGACCGUGUCGUAGAUUCACCUUGCUGUUUGGUUACUGGUGAAUAUGGCUGGACUGCUAACAUGGAGAGGAUCAUGAAGGCACAGGCUUUGAGGGAUUCCAGCAUGGCUGGUUAUAUGUCAAGCAAGAAGACGAUGGAAAUCAACCCCGAUAAUGCCAUCAUGGAGGAGCUCAGGAAGAGAGCUGAUGCGGACAAGAACGACAAGUCUGUGAAGGAUUUGGUUCUCUUGCUCUUUGAGACUGCUCUGCUAACCUCUGGUUUCAGCCUUGACGAGCCCAACACUUUUGGCAACAGGAUCCACAGAAUGUUGAAGCUGGGUCUCAGCAUUGAUGACGAUGAUGUUGAAGCUGAAACUGACAUGCCUCCAUUGGAAGAGGCGGAUGCUGAUGCCGAGGGCAGCAAGAUGGAAGAAGUUGAUUAAAGUGUUUUAUUUUCUCCUGCACUUUAAAGACCAGUAUUAAUCUCUUCGUUUUGCAUAUCUUACUAUGUUUUAUCUGUUUUGAAGACUUGAACAAAUUUGAGAAUUUGAUUAGGAAAUGGUGGAUGAUGUUUUGCGAUUA